AUGAAGUUGCAAUGGGCUGGGCUCCUCCUCAGAGCCUCCCUCAAAGGUGUGAAUGCUAUGGGCACUUACAUGCUCGAAGCAAUGAACUCAGAACGCGUUUCUGGCUAUGGCCCUGUCGACGAGCCGUCUUGGGUACCGACUUUCUUCGAUGAAUCGCCUCCUUACAAAGGUCAUCGCAUUUCCCGGGAAGACUGGACCUUGACAUGCAGCAGCGAGGAAAGCGACUAUUCGUGUCAGAAUGCCAUCGACGGCUCCAACACCACUUCCUGGCGAAGCGGCCCUAUCGGCGAUUCCAAGGGCCACAGCAUUACAGUUGACCUCAGGAACCACUACUCAGUCAGCGCCCUGGUUAUCCUGCCGCCGAUUGACACUGAGAACGACGGGUUGAUCACUCACCACGAGGUCUGGGUCAGCAUGGACAACAAGAACUGGAAGGGUCCCAUCGCCUAUGGCAUGUGGCCCAACUCCAACAGACAGCGCCUGUCUGCUUUCGAGCCCACAUCUGCCCGAUACGUAAAGCUCACUACCAACACUGAGGCCACCGAGUCCUCAUGGAUUGGCAUCUCCGAACUGAACCUCUACGCCACUCUGUAUACCAUCCCUCGGGACCCCAAAAAUGGUCUCUGGGGACCGACCCUUGACUUCCCUGUCGUGCCUGUUGCUGGGGCUCAAGAGGCCUCUGGUCACAUCGUCCUUUGGUCAUCCUGGGCCUCGGAUCAGUUCCACUCCACACCUGGUGGUCAAACUGCAAUGGCCCGUUGGAACCCCUUCACCAAUGAGGUUUCCAAGCGUAUUGUCACCAACACCCAGCACGACAUGUUCUGCCCCGGUAUUUCCAUCGAUGGUACCGGAAUGAUGGUUGUGACUGGCGGCAAUGACGCCUCCGAGACCAGUCUCUACGAUGCUGAAAUGGAUGAGUGGAUCAAGGGUCCUGAGAUGCACCUCCGUCGUGGGUAUCAGGCUUCCACUACCCUCGCCGAUGGACGGAUUUUCGUCAUUGGUGGCUCUUGGGCUGGAGGCUCCAACAUCGCCAAAGAUGGAGAGAUAUAUGACCCUGCCACCAGGAACUGGACUAUGUUGCCCGGUGCCAAAGUCAAGCCGAUGCUGACGGAUGACAUGGAGGGGCCAUGGAGAGCCGACAACCACGGCUGGCUCUUCGGGUGGAAGAAGAACAGUGUCUUCCAGGCCGGUCCUAGCAAAGCUAUGAACUGGUACUACGUGGAAGGAGAAGGCAGCUUCAAGGGAGCCGGGAAGCGUCUCGAGGACGACGAUUCCAUGUCUGGCAACGCUGUCAUGUUCGAUGCUGUGAAGGGCAAGAUCCUCACCAUCGGAGGUUCGCCUGACUACGACAAGUCCUGGGCUACCAGCAACGCACAUGUCAUCACCCUGGGCGAACCAGGCCAAAAGCCAGACGUGCAGCCUGCCGGCCAGGAGGGAACGAUGCACUACGAGCGCGUCUUCCACACCUCCGUCGUCCUCCCAGAUGGCAAGGUCUUCAUUGCCGGCGGCCAGACUUUCGGUAUCGCUUUCAACGAGGAGAACGUGCAGUUCGUGCCCGAGUUGUACGAUCCAGAGAAAAACACCUUCACCGAGCUCUCCCAGAACAACGUCGUCCGCGUCUACCAUACCCUCUCAAUCCUGCUGCCCGACGGCCGAAAGGGUGAACUCCGAUCUCGUCCCGAGAUCACCACCAAACUGCCCGAUUCAAUCCAAAUCGGACGGACUCUGAAAUUCCACACCAACCGCCGCAUCGCAUCUGCCUCCUUGGUCCGCCUCUGCAGCGCUACCCACACCGUCAACACCGACCAGCGUCGUGUUCCCCUCGAUCUCAGGAGACGUGUGCCGGUGUUUGGUCGCUACUCUGUCACUAUCCCCAAUGACCCCGGCAUUGUCAUCCCUGGAUACUGGAUGCUGUUUGUCAUGGACGAGACGGGCACACCCAGCAUUGCGAAGACAAUCCUGAUCACUUCCAACGUGAAGACAAUUGAAGCGAGCGAUGAGACGCAAUGUGAGCAUGGAUUCCUGAGUGAACAUUUGCCUAGUUGGAAGCUAACAUUGACUGCGCAGAUUCCUCGUCGCGGUUGA